GGCGGUGGCUGGGUUCCGGGUGAAGCCCCGGCGGCCGCACGGACCCAGGGCGCGUGCGCGCGCUUGUCGGGCAGCGGCCUGAUUCUCGUCUCCGCUUUAAGGUAGCAGCGCCCGGGAGGAGACCCCGCCAUGGAAGGCAAACCUCUGCUGAUGUCCAGACACAGGACGGAAGUGGUAUGCGGGGUCCUCACCCAGGUGGUGUGCACCGCCUUCAGCAGUCACAUCCUGGUGCUGGUGACCCAGUUCGGGAAGAUGGGCACGCUGGUCUCUCUGGAACCCAGCGACGUGGCAGGUGACAUCGGCAAGCCGGUGCUCACCACUAGAGUCCUUCUGGGGCAGGACGAGCCUCUCAUCCACGUCUUUGCAAAGAACCUGGUGACGUUCGUGUCUCAGGAAGCCGGAAACAGAGCGGUGCUGCUAGCCAUGGCCGUGAAGGACAGGAGCGUGGAGGGGCUGAAGGCCCUGAAGGAGAUGAUCCAGGCGUGCCAGGUGUGGUGACCAGGCCCACUCCUCGGCACGGCCCAGGGAAGACGGGACACCCUCCCAAGGUGGAGGCCCUCCCCUGGCCGGUCAGCAGGAGGAAGUGUCUGGCCUCCAUCCUGGGGACCAGAAGAGACUUGAACACAGGCAGACUCUGACUUGGUUGGGUCACUAAGUUCCCCGGGGGACUUGCGAGGGGUUCCCAGCAGGGUCCAGGUAGUUGCAUGUACUUGAGAGUUGAAAGUCAUCAGGUAAGAGUCCUGGUCCUCCCUGCGCAGUAGCGAAUGCUGGAGGACAGGUGUUUUUAAUAAAAAUAAACACCUCCCCUAAAUGUACCA